CACAACACUAGCAAGUCACCGGGCUCCCAGUGACGAAUAUCCUCAUUUUGAUGUCAAAAAUGUUUUAAAUUCGUUUCAUCACUGGUCCAGCUUCUCCAAGCGCGUGUGGAUCAGAAUCAGGUUUCGUGCGGACCGAUUCUAGAAGAGAAUCACUUCACGUCAAUGCCGACCACAGUACUCGGUACCAUGCGUACGAGCAUGCUUUUCAAACCGUUUCCUUUGCCCGCCACGUUCGGCGCUCUCCGCCUUUUGCAAGGCCACUGGGCAUGUCCCGCUUGCUUCCAGUCUUGGCUUUUGUUCUCGCCUUGCAGUCCAUCGCGGUUGCAGCUAACAGUUCACACCUGCGAGAGCCAGUAUUCAUGCCCGCCCGUGACAACGGGAGCGAUGACGAUAACGACGACGACGACGAUGACAUAUCUAGCACUCCAACUACACAUCAUGCUGCCAGUACCUCCACUUCUAUCAAUCAGUUCAGCACCAGCAUCACAUUCACUACUCACUCCAGCUCCAGCUUUUUCCUCGGCUCCAGCUUUUUCUCCUUCUCUGAUUUCAUCCCCACCCCCACCCCCACUUCCACCUCCACAAUUACUACUCAUUCCAGUUCCACCUCGAUUACCCAGUCCAGCUCUGUCUCUACAAUUGCCAAUACAGACAUGUCCAUCAGCUCCAGCUUAAGUUAUGCAAGCACUACUAGUGGUACCAGUUCCUCAAGCUCAGGGCAGCACAGUGUACAUGGCGCAACUCCAACUGCCGGCCAUGGGCUUAGCACUGGGGUGCGGGCUAGUUUAUCAUGUGGAAUAAUGUUUUCUUUGAUAUUAUCCGCACUUGUAGUUUGUUAUUUCAGGAAAAGGUCUUCUCGCCCUUGGGAUCGAAUCAUUGAUGAACCUGCCAUUUCUUCGUCGGAAGUUAGUCAAUAUUGCCCUCCCAAUUCCAUUGCCUCUCUCUCAAGAGAAGUUUUACCUCCACCUCCGAGUCCACCUCAAUUGGACACUGCGCAUCCGUAUUCACCUGAUAUCUUGCACUCUCCGCCCCUUCUGAGCAUCCCAAGGGCCGCCUCCUUGAUAAACGAUGAUUCUUGUAUCGAAAUUUAUACCCUGUAUCUGCGAGGAGCCCCUGUCAUGGAUAACAAAUACUUGCCAACACAUUCUCAGCGUCCACCCGCUCUGCGUCGUAUGCGUCCACAGGCUUUUCAUGAACACAUUCUGGACCCUAUGGCGCUCGGGUCCCUGCAAUUACCGCAUUGACGGGCAUUUUUCUACGUCACUAGUCGGUCGCUCGCGCAACUCAAACUUGAACACGGAGCCUUGAUGCUCAAGAAUAGCAGGACUUUCCGCCAGAAUAAUACUUUAGUGGACAUCGCAACCUACCUUGCAAUAAUUACCUUUUUUUCGCAUUUUGGACUAUUUCUUGCAAUGCUGCAAUAAACACUCGGAGUCUAGAGUUUGAAGACUAGAGGAACUGUCUCGUCAAAUUUCGAGGCUGCGGCGCCCAACUGCUGGGAGUCCUUGUUUCUACUAGGCAUUGCUGUUCCUCAAAGCCCGCUCCAUUCAUAUUAUACUGAUAUUCUAGUUGUU